AUGCAGACGACGUCAAAGGAGCAAGCUCAAUCUGGCGUUGCGUCCAUGCUGCGAGAAAGCGUCUUCACCGACAUCACCAUCAACGCGGCGGGAGGCAGCAUCAGGGCCCACCGCGCCGUCCUAGCCGCGAGGUCGCCUGUGUUCCUGAGCAUGUUCUCGCACGCUCUCCGGGAGAAGGAGCUCUCCACAGUGGACACCCCGGACAUGUCAAUCGCCGCGUGCCGGGCCUUCGUCAGGUACAUCUACGGCGCCUCUGUGUCGGAGGAGGAGCUGCUCGCCCACCGGAGCGAACUCGUCGCCGCUGGCGACAAGUACUGCAUCGCGAACCUGAAGGAGACGUGCGAGGAGAGCCUGGGAAAGGACGUGGGCACGGAGAACGUGCUCCAGAGGUUGCAGAUGGCGCACACCUACAGCCUAGCGGCGCUCAAACGGACCUGUCUGAGGCUCCUCGUGGAUUUCGGGAAGAUGUACGAGAUUCUGGAAGAUUUCAUGGAGUUCACCGACACUUCGGACCCGGAGCUGAUAGGUGAAAUCAAGCGAUUUGCAUUUUCUCGGGGAAGAAAGUUCCCGGCCACACGACGAGAGGGGAAGGCUUCGGCUAAAAUGGCCCGGCGCACAAGUGUUCGCAAGUCUACGCCUAGACAUGCUUCGGGCACCACUCAAGCUAAACGGACUGUCAAGCCCACACCUAACCAGGCUUCGGCGAGCAUUCCGGCUAAACGGCCUAGGGGGUCCAGUGUUCGGAAGUCCACGUCUGGGCAGGAUUCUGACGCACUUCCGGAUAAACGGGUUAAACGGGCCAACGUCCGGCUUGCAGGCGACAAGUGGGCACCGCCUGCUUCACGAGGUACACGAUGA